AUGGUGCCCCCAGUUCAGGUCUCUCCGCUCAUCAAGCUCGGCCAAUACUCAGCCCUGGUCCUCGGCAUGGCCUAUGGCGCCAAGCGCUAUAGUUACCUAAAGCCCCGGGCAGAGGAGGAGAGGAACAGACUAGAUGAGCUGAAAUGCAUUGAAAGAGAACGGGCAGAAGCUCAAGAUGUGCAUUGUUAA